CCCUUUCCCAAGAUAGCCAGGUCUGUUUCCCUGUGGCUGCAGUGGCCAAACUUAGUUUUUGGUGAUGGGCCUCAGUAGUACCUCUGCCCUCCUUCCUAGAAGUUUUCCCUAUGUCCCCUCCACUCUGUCCCACAUCCAUCAUGGCACCUACCCCUGUUAUAGGCCGGCUGUCUCCCUCCAGCCUCAAGGGUUGCUGAGUCUGGUCACCUCUGUGACCCCAGUGCAUGUGAGGGAUGGGCACAGGCUCGGCUCCUGUUGGCCGACUAUGUGACAAAAUUGAGUUGCCCCAUCCUGGCCUGACCCCAAAGCCCCUCCUUCUGGGCUGAUGACCCUGGACCAAGAUAGGCCCCUGUGGUCGAGGCUGGGGCUUCUCUUGUGGUGCCUGGCACUGCCCUUUUGUCCUGACCAGGGCUCACAAUGAGCUACAAGCCUCGUGUCUCCAGGAAGGAAGUGGGGGCAGUGGUCAGUGUGGUCCCUGUCUGCCCCGCCCGCAGACCUGACAAUGGGGCUCCCUGGCCCCAUGCUGGGCAGAAUGGCUCCUGUACAUGCAGGAGGGCACUGGGGGGUUCUGCCUGGUCUCUUCUGCAGGCGUUCUUCUGGAUAUUCAGCAACACUUUGGGGUCAAGGACCGCGGCGCCGGCUUGCUGCAGUCAGUUUUCAUCUGCAGCUUCAUGGUGGCCGCCCCCAUCUUCGGCUACCUGGGUGACCGCUUCAACAGGAAAGUGAUCCUCAGCUGCGGGAUUUUCUUCUGGUCGGCGGUCACGUUCUCCAGCUCCUUCAUCCCCCAGCAGCACUUCUGGCUGCUGGUCCUCUCCCGCGGGCUGGUGGGCAUCGGCGAGGCCAGCUACUCCACCAUCGCGCCCACCAUCAUCGGCGACCUCUUCACCAAGAACACGCGCACGCUCAUGCUGUCUGUCUUCUACUUCGCCAUCCCGCUGGGCAGCGGUCUGGGCUAUAUCACCGGCUCCAGCGUGAAGCAGGCAGCCGGAGACUGGCACUGGGCCUUGCGGGUGUCCCCCAUCCUGGGCAUGAUCACAGGAACGCUCAUCCUUGUCCUGGUCCCGGCCACGAAGAGGGGCCACGCCGACCAGCUUGGGGGGCAGCUCAAGGCACGGACGUCAUGGCUCCGGGACAUGAAGGCCCUGAUCCGCAACCGCAGCUACGUCUUCUCCUCCCUGGCCACGUCGGCCGUGUCCUUCGCCACAGGGGCCCUCGGCAUGUGGAUUCCGCUCUACCUGCACCGUGCCCAAGUCGUGCAGAAGACGGCAGAGACCUGCAGCAGCCCGCCCUGUGGGGCCAAGGACAGCCUCAUCUUUGGGGCCAUCACCUGCUUCACGGGUUUUCUGGGUGUGGUCACGGGGGCAGGAGCCACGCGCUGGUGCCGCCUGCGGACCCAGAGGGCUGACCCACUGGUGUGCGCUGUGGGCAUGCUGGGCUCUGCCAUCUUCAUCUGCCUCAUCUUUGUGGCCGCCAAGAGCAGCAUCGUGGGGGCCUAUAUCUGCAUCUUCGUAGGGGAGACGCUGCUGUUUUCUAACUGGGCCAUCACCGCGGACAUCCUCAUGUAUGUGGUCAUCCCCACCAGGCGGGCUACUGCCGUGGCCCUGCAGAGCUUCACCUCCCACCUACUGGGGGAUGCCGGAAGCCCCUACCUCAUUGGCUUUAUCUCUGACCUGAUCCGCCAGAGCACCAAGGACUCCCCGCUCUGGGAGUUUCUGAGCCUGGGCUAUGCCCUCAUGCUGUGCCCCUUCGUCGUGGUCCUGGGUGGCAUGUUCUUCCUGGCCACCGCGCUCUUCUUCCUCAGCGACCGUGCCAAGGCUGAGCAGCAGGUGAACCAGCUGGUGAUGCCUCCCGCAUCCGUGAAAGUCUGAGGCAGUGCCGCUGGGAUAAUGAAGGACCCCGCCUCCCGCCUGGUCUGGGAGGCGUCCCCCGGCACCCUGGCCCUGCAGGGCUGUCCCGAAGCUUUCCUUGUGGCCCACAGCGGGGCACCCACCAGCUCUGGUCUGGGACUGCUGGGUGGCAGUGGCCCCAAGAAGCUGUGUCCUCAACUAACCUGGAAGGCUGUGUGUGCUGGAGCCACGCCCUGGGACAGGCCGCCCCCAGGCCCCGGUCCGGGCCACAGGGGCCCUGGGGUCCCGGAAGGAGACAGCCCCCCAUGGGUGUGUGGGGAGAGGUUGGCCUGUCCCCAGCUUAUGUGAUCCUGGGGCAGUCUCUGCCCUCCCCAGACCCUGGGGUCAGGGGACUGGACUUUCCCAUACAGCUUGCUGGGCAAGGUGCUGGCUGCAGCUUUGAAGACCCAACAGCCCCUGGACCACACGGACAGGAGGGGGUCCAGGCCUCAGGGCGGCACUUCUGGCUCCCCAAGGGCCGGAUCCAUGAGGACCUCUGACCUUGAGGACAUUGGACUCAACCUGGCAAGAGCCGGGCACCCAAGCUGCUGGCGCUUCCCAGCCCGGCUGGUCACUCUGGAGGGCACUGGGGCUGGUCCCAGGUGGGGGACCAGGCUGACAGGGAGCUGGCGUCACCAGGAGUGAAGGCCCUGGUGGCGCAACGCACCACCUGUGCCCCGUGCUUGAGACCUUUGGGGCUUCCCCGCCCCUACAGGGCUCCUUGGGUCCACUGAAGCACCCCCACUGUCCAUCCCCUGCCUGACCAUCCCCACAGAAGCCAGGAACUGAUUCCUGCCCCCAGGCUGGGCCCCUCCCAGGGGCAGCGCCCAGGGGAGUAUUCCCAGAAUCCGUGGGGCAGUAGCCAGGGCUCUGGCUGCCAGAGGAAGCAGCCAUCCUCCAAGCUUCCUGUCCCUGGGGAGAGCCUGGUGGAGGCUGAGGCGCAUUGGGAGAGGCCAGCACUCAAAAGAGUCACCUCCCUGCGCAUGUCAGCCACUCAGUUCACACGUUUCCAUGUGGCCCAGACUCCCCCCGCCCCGCCACCAGGGUACAGCUGCCAACUUCACAUCAGAA